AACCGAAUGCCAACUUUUCUAAAGCUUCAUUAUGUUGGACAAAUGUUCUAUUAAAAAUUUUAGCGUUUUUAGGUACAGUUGAUAAAGCCUGGGUGACAGCAGCAGGGAUGACAGACAAGUUUACAGUAUGAGCUCUGUGUACAUAGAAACACAGAAAAUAAGCAAGGAAGCACUUGAGUUUGUUCUAUUUCCCAUUCCUUAGUGUUAGCUCAAGCAGAUAAUAAUAACUAGCCCAGUGAAAUGAAACUCAGUUUCAGCGAUUUGAACUUUCUGUGGACGUACUCCGAGGCAAGAGCCUUUUAGGACUAUCCCAUUAGUCCCAGUACAUGAUUUUCAAGGUUCUUCUCAGCCACGAUCCUGUUAAAGUGGCCCUUGGCAGUGCUGUUAGGCUUCUCUCAGCCGAGUAGCUUCAAACCUGAUGACUUCUUCAUGAGAGUCCUGUCCUCCUACCUCAUCACCAGACAACCCUCUGCAACUCUGCAACGAAGGUUUAUAAAGCUAAUAUUCACAGGUUUAAAACAUGGACUUUGAAGAACUUCUAAAACAUGUAGGCGACAAUGGGAAGUUUCAGGUUUUGACAAUUAUCUUUUUCAUGCUUUCAAGUAUCCUGACAAGUCCUCAUGAUUACAUUGAGAACUUUACAGCAGCCAUGCCCGCUCACCACUGCCAUGUCCACCUCCUGGGCAAUCCCAAAUUUGAAGCCAAUGUCACCAUAAACCUGACAGCUGAAGCUCUUCUGAGGGUCUCCAUCCCUGUGGGCCCAAACCAGAAGCCUGAGCAAUGUCAUCGCUUUCGCCAGACCCAGUGGCAACUCUUAGAUCCCAAUGUGUCAGCUGUCAAUUAUACUGAUCCUGAGACAGAGCCAUGCCUGGAUGGGUGGAUAUAUGACCAAAGUGUUUUCACCUCUACCAUCGUUAUGGAGUGGGACUUGGUGUGUGAUUAUAAGUCAUUCAAAUACUUUGCACAAGCCAUCGCCCUGUCAGGGCACUUGGUGGGCUCUGCUCUAAGUGGCCUCAUUUCUGACAGGUUUGGACGGAAGCCACUGCUGGUCUCUUGUUGCCUGGCCUAUGGAAUCCUGAGCACCUGCUGUGCCUUCGCUCCGGUCUUCACCAUUUACUGUAUUCUGAGAUUCAUGUCAUCUGUCUGCCUGAGUGCAGUUCUAAACAACACUUGCGUAUUUCUUUUUGAAGGAAACUCAUCAAAAUGGCAACUAGUGGCUACCAUGCUUUUCUCAUUAUCUGGGAGUAUUGGCCAGGCAUCAUUUGCAGGCGUGGCUUACCUUUUCCGGGAUUGGCACAUGCUCCAGUUGGUCAUUGCCUUGCCCUAUCUCAUUCUUUCUCUCUUUUCCUGUGGGAUCUCAGAGUCAGUCCGCUGGCUCAUGGCAACUGGAAAAACAGAACAAGCAUUAAAAGAGCUCCAGAGAAUUGCUCGUAUUAAUGGAAAGAAAGAGGUGGCAGAAAGUCUGACUUCUGAGAUUUUGAUAUCCAAAAUGAAGGAAGAAUUGAAUACCAAGAGAGAAUCUUUCAGAAUGAAAGAGAUCAUGUGUAAACCUGCAGUAUUCAAGACAGUGCUUUUUACGUCCGUUUUAGCGUUUUCAACAACAUUCAGCUUCUAUGGUCUCCUGCUGGAUAUUGAGAAUUUGGGGAAAAACAUAUUCCUGACCCAGUUUUUACUAGGCAUAACAGACUUGCCCAGCAAAUUUCUUUCCUAUUUUAUAUUAAAGUAUGUCAACCGUCGCCCUUCAAGCGGUUUUUCACUCAUUAUUCUUGGAAUUUCUAUUCUGAUCCCUAUAUUUGUGCCUAAAGAGAUGUAUGUUCUGCGCCUCACUCUUUACCUCUUGGGAAGAUCAUCUGUUUCUGUCCUUUCAUCCAUACUUUUAAUCUUUUCCAACGAACUCUCAGCCACAGUACUGAGGUCAACGAUACAGGGCAUUCUCUUUUUCAUCGCCAGAACAGCAGCAACAUUGUCUGCUUUAGUACUUUCAACGAGGCUGUAUUUUGUCCAUCUUCCGGCCAUCCUCUUUGGGACCUUUCCCAUAGUAGCGUCAGCAUUUGCCUACUUUCUGCCAGAGUCCUUUAAUCUUCCACUUAUUGAAACCAUCAAGGACAUGGAGAAAAGGUACGAGUUAAGAAACAAGAGCACCCGAAAAAAACAAAGAAAAGUCCUCUUGGCAACCACUGAGUGCUGAAGAGACCAGACAUAUACAGAGCGGAAGAGAUUCACAUAUUUUCACAUAAUCCUAAGCAACAUUUUGAUUGUAUUCUUUCUUUCUAUAACUUUGGCCUUUGAUGGACAUACAUUAACAUAGUUAUUAAUUAAUAAGUCACAAAAAUAACCCUUCAGUGAACAACCCAUAAUAUAGAUUUGAAGUUUAAGGCAUAACUGAAUGUUGAUGAUCAGGUUCCUGACAUUAAAAAUGGAAAAUAAAUUGGUACAAUAGAAAGUUUUUCUUAGAAUUAAAUGGAAAGGGAUCUGCUUAAAAUUGAACAUUGAAGACAAACUGUCUAAGAAAACUUUUGAUUUAAAAUCCAUGGUUUUCAUUAUAUAUAUAUACAUACACACACACACACACAGAUAUGUACACAUGCAUGUGUAUUUAUAUAUAGAAAGACCGUUGAGCAUACUAAUGAGAAUAACUACAGAAAAGUUAUUGAAUAUGAUGAAUAACAUAGUCAUUUAGAUGCUUCAGAUGCUGCUAUGAGUAGUUAAAGCAUAAGUCUCUUAAAAAGAACAUAUCAUAAGUCCAGAAUUUCAGUUUUUAGACACAAAAUGAAAAUAUAAUAAAACUGCAGUUGAGCAACAUCAUAAUCAUCAUAAAUUGAGCUCUUCUUCCCAUUUUGGUAGUGAACAAUGGAUAAACAGAUCAACUUGGGAGUCACAACAAUGAGCAACCCAGAUGGACAAUCAUGGGAUGUGUAUUCAUCUUUCCCAUCCAAUGUUUCUGAGUAGAGACUGGGUUGGAAAAAAAACAUAUCAAACCAGAUUAUAAGGCUUAGGUUUUUCCACAUUCCAGAAAGGCCUGGGUAUGUUACUUCCUUCCUGAGUUAUGGUUGCCAGCCCAUGUGGACCAUAAACCCUCUUCAUAACUUGCCUGAAUUAGCUCCACCUGGCUCAAGACAGGAAACAAAUAAUGAACAUGGACAUUAGAAGCACAAGUGAUGUCAAAGCAAAUGUUCUGCUGAGUUCAGGAGGUAUAAUGAAAGGUCAGAGGCUGGUUUUGCCCCUCAAGAUGUAGAAAAUUUGCAACUAUAAACCAUUUCCUGUUGUUCACAAGUUCUGAGCAAUCAGGCUAGUGAUGCCUAAUUCCUUUAAACUAAUGAAAGAAUUUGGGGAAAGAGCAUACUAUUCUUUUGUUAAUAUGUGGGGGUAACUCUAUUUACAAAAUCCAUUCUCUAAACAUACUAUUUUUGAGAUUCACUCAUAUUAUUAUGUAUAUUAAUAGUUAUUUUUUAAAAUUGCUAUAUGGUAAUUUAUUGUGUGAAUAUAGCACAUUUAUUGUGUGAAUAUAGUACAUUUGAAUUGUUUCCAGUGUUUAGCUCUUAAGAAUAAAGAUGACAUAAACAUAAUUGUAAAAUUAGUUUUGGUAUCUACACAUUCUUUUUUCUUGCAUAUAUACUUAGUAAUACAUUUUUAAAGUUGUAAUAAAUUUGUUUUGUUUUAUUAGAAACUAUCAGUUUUUGCAAAUGGUUUUAAUAAAUAUACACACAACCUCAUAA